AUGUCUUACCUGCAAAAACACCCCGACGUGACAAAGUCUCGGCUGAACACGUUCAUGUCCAACGGCCAGUUUAAGAAGGCCAACAUCCAUGCAUCGCUGUAUGAGAGCCGCGUCAAUGGAUUGCCCCAUGUUCAGAUGGAAGUCUGGGCGGCCGAUGGCCAAGAGAGACCGACCUUUGAGCAUGCGGUCAAGCAGGAGUUCCAGCUCAUCGAAGUGGGCCACUCUUUUGGACUAUCAUGGUCGACCCACUGGGUUCGUGCCACGCUCCAGAUCCCGAGCGAGUUUGCGGGCAAGGAAGUGCGUCUGAUUUUUGAUCCCAGCUGCGAGGCCAUGGUGUGGUCUGCUGAGGGUCAGGCCUUGCAGGGAAUCACCGGCGGCAAUGGCCAGGACAGGCGCGUAAACUUUGUUGUGACCAAGAAGGCCAAGGCAUCUGAGACAAAGCGUGUGCUGUAUCUGGAAGUUGCAUGCAACGGCAUGUUUGGCCUGGGUGACUACCUGAUCGGUCCGCCAGACGAGAACCGAAGCUUCACCCUGAAUACCGCCGACCUUGUGGUCAAGCAAGUCGACGCAUGGGCGCUGUAUUAUGAUCUGGACAUUCUCAAGCAGAUGAUUGAAGGCCUGCCCAAGGACUCGCCUCGCUGGUGGCAGGCGCUCUCGACAGCAAACGCAAUCAUCAAUGCGUACGACGCCAAAGAUAGCACCACGCUUACCACUGGCCUGGAGAUCUCGCGCAAGUUUUUUGGUGCAAAGUCUGGCGAUGCCACUCACCAGGUGUUCGCCAUCGGAAACUGCCACAUUGACACGGCGUGGCUGUGGCCAUACGACGAAACCAAGCGCAAGAUUGCGCGCAGUUGGUCGACCCAGUUGGACCUGCUAGACCGGUUCCCAGAGUACCGCUUUGCGGCGUCGCAGGCACAGCAGUUCGAAUGGCUAAAGGAGCUGUACCCGGGGCUGUUUGCCCGCAUCAAGGAUAAAAUCAAGACCGGGCAGUUUAUUCCGAUCGGCUGCACUUGGAUCGAAAUGGACUGCAAUGUGCCAAGCGGCGAGUCGCUGACCCGCCAGUUCCUCCUCGGCCAGCGUUUCUUUGAGGAGCAUUUUGGCGAGCGCUGCCUGGUGUUCUGGCUUCCAGACACCUUUGGCUACUCGUCGCAGCUGCCGCAGAUUGUGAGGCAGGCAGGCGCAAAGUAUUUCUUCACACAGAAACUGUCGUGGAACAACAUUAACAAGUUCCCGCAUACGACGUUCAACUGGGUCGGCCUGGAUGGCAGCAGCGUGCUGACGCACAUGGCGCCCGCCGAGACGUACACGGCCAACGCAACAGCCAACCAGCUGAUCGAAAGUGUGAAGAAGCACAAGGACGUGGCGUACACGAACGAGAGCCUGUACUUGUACGGACACGGCGACGGCGGCGGCGGUCCCAACGAAGGAAUGCUGGAGCGCCUGCGCCGCAUGGAGGAUGUUGAUGGGCUGCCCAGGGUCAAGCAAGCGCACCCGAAUGAGUUUUACGAGCACGUCGAGAAAACCGCAAAGGACUUGGUCUCGUGGAGGGGCGAGCUGUACUUUGAGCUCCACCGCGGCACGUACACGUCGCAGGCCAAGACCAAGAAGCAGAACCGUCAGGCAGAGUUUUUGCUGCGCGACUUGGAGUUGCUUAGCGUUGUUGCUCGCAGCCUCGGCAAGAAUUUUGUGUAUCCAAGCAAAGAAAUCACGCGGCUGUGGAAGCUUGCAUGCCUGAACCAGUUUCAUGAUGUCAUUCCCGGAUCCAGUAUCGAAAUGGUGUACAAGGACAGUGAUGCCAUCUACGCUGAUGUUUUAAAGUCAGCCGCGGCUAUGAAGCAGGAGGCCGUUGUGUCGCUGUUUGGCGGCAUGGGCCUGACUUUGGCCAGCGAGGCCACGGGCAUUCUGGUUGCCAACACCACCAGCUGGCCGCGCACCGAGAUUGUUGCUGUCCCCGGAUUGAGCGCGCAACUGGGCGCGCAGCAAGUGCGCAAGCAGGACCAGGCUGCGCUGAUGGUCGCCACGACAGUUCCGGGCUGCGGCCUCCAGCUGGUUAAUCCCACAAAGACUGCUGACGCUGUGCCGGUAAGCGUGCAUCGCGAUAAAGGUGGUUGCGUUGUGCUCGAGAAUCUGUACGUGGCGGCCAGGUUCAGCGCCGAGGGCCAGCUCGUAAGCUUUAUCGACCGCCGCACGGAGCGCGAGCUGGUCCUCAAGGGCCAGAGCGGCAACGUGCUGCGCCUGCACGACGACGUGCCAAUUUUCUGGGACGCCUGGGAUAUCGAAAUCUAUAACUUGGAAAAGUUCACUACCGUGAAGGCCACCAAGGUGACAAUUGUCGACGAGGGCCCUCUCCUGGCGUCGAUUUCAGUCGAGAUACCAAUUGGCGAGGGUAGCAAGAUGCUGCAGAUCAUAUCGCUGUCUGCAAUCUCGCCGAGACUCGAGUUUGCCUGCGAUGUCGACUGGCAUGAGAACCACAAGUGUCUCAAGGUGGGCUUUUCGUGGGACAUCCGCAGCGACUUUGCCACCUACGAGACCCAAUACGGUGUGGUCCAGAGGCCGACGCAUCGCAACACGACCUGGGAUAUGGCCAAAUUCGAAGUGUGCGCGCACAAGUUUGCCGAUCUGUCGGAAUACGGCUACGGAGUUGCCCUGCUCAACGACAGCAAGUACGGAUACGCGACGCUGGAGAACACUAUGGCAUUGACUCUGCUGCGCUCGCCAAAAUCGCCCGACGCGCACUGCGACAUGGGCCAGCAGACAUUCCGCUACGCUGUGUUCCCGCAUCAGGGCUCGUUCAACGAGUCCAAGGUUGUGCAGGAGGCAUACCAGUUCAAUGUGCCGCUCAUCCAGAUGCCCGUUGAUAUGAAGGCUGCCUCGAGCAGCGCAAUGACUGCGGCACCGUAUUUCUCGGUGACUGCCGCACCCAACGUCGUGCUUGACGCUGUCAAGGCGCCGGAGGACGGCUCUCAUGAUAUCAUUGUGCGGCUCUACGAGGCAUAUGGCGGCCAUGCGAGCGCUACGGUUUCGAUCAAGAUCGGAGCCAGCAGUGUGGUCAAGACUGACAUUAUGGAGGAGCGUGCUGACAACUUGGAGCUCAGAACGCUGGCGAACGGCGCCGGCAAGUCGGUGGUCGUUGACUUUAAGCCGUUCGAGAUCGUGACGCUGCGGUUUGCGGCGUGA